AUGACCACCUCGGAAACACCAAUAUCUAUACCAGCUCCACCACGGAGGAUCGCCAAGCAGACCGACUGGGAACUAUUCAACGGAAAAGCUACAGCCGAACAUGUGGCCAAGGGCAUGACAAUCCUGCAGACCAUAGACAACCAGCCGAUGAACAUAAUAGACGAAGAAAUCAACACAUGGGGGUGGGGACACCUUCGGGACUCCUCUGGGCACAGACCAGACCACAGACCAGGCCACAGACCAGAACAGACCACAGACCAGACCAGACCACAGACCAGACCACAGACCAGACCAGGCCACAGACCAGGCCACAGACCAGACCUGACCAGACCAGACCAGGACACACCACAGACCAGCCAGACCCAGACCACAGACCAGACCAGGCCACAGACCAGGACACACCACAGACCAGACCAGACCACAGACCAGAACAGACCACAGACCAGACCAAGUCACAGAUCAAAACAUACCACAGACCAGACCAGGCCUCAGAGCAGAACAGACCACAGACCACACCAGGCCACAAAGCGGAACAGACCACGGGCCACACCAGCAGGCCAGAGCCAGCACAGACCACAGACCGAACCAGGCCACAAGCCAGAAGAGACCACAGCACCAGAGCCAGGCCACAGACCACAGAUCAGAAGGCCACAGACCACAGAGAGCAGAACAGACCACAGACCAGACCAGAUCACAAACCAAGACAGAUCCAGAUCAGAGGCAGAACAGACCACAGAUGAGACCAGAUCACAGACCAGAGCCACAGAGCAGACCAGAGCAGGCCAGACCAGAGACCAGACAGACCACAGACCAGACCAGAUCACAGACCAGGAACAGACCACAGAUCAGAGCCAGAGCACCAGACCACAGACCAGACCAGACCAGGCCAGACCAUACCAGACCACAGCCAGACCACGACAGAAUAGACCACAGAGCAGACCAGACCAGACCAUGAAGAGGCCACAGGACCACAGAACAGCCCACAGAUCAGAAUAG